UAUCAGCAGAGCGAUUCUAAUCUUGCUCUUUUGUGUGUAUUCUCUAUAUGUGAGCAAGCGUUUUUAUCAUGUCACAUCCACGUUGCCUAUUGACGCGUUUCGUCUUGAAUCUGCUGGAAAGCCGCUGAGCUUCGUGCACGAAUCUGACGCUAUACUACCGGCCACAAAGUGCACGGAAGAUCUCAGAGGAGCAUAUCUUCGAUUUUGCAUGGAUUUGUGUUUUGCUCUGCGCUCUUGGCAUCACUGCGUAAAAGACUGAUCCUAUUGCCGAGGGGGGAAAAAAGGCGCUGGCGCUGCGCCACGAUCUGGCAAGUGCGCCUCCCUUCACCGCUGUUUGGCUUAUUCAUAGUUAGGGGUUUGGGUUUGGCUGUUUUUAAAAAGGCAAGCACUGCUGUGAAGUUGAUCAGUCUGCUCAGAAAACUUCCAGAGGGGAAAGUGUUUUGGAAUCGGAAAGUCCAGAAUUUCAGUGCGCAAUCAAUUGCGCACAAACUGGACUAUUGGAGAAUACCCAAGUGAAUCAUUUUUUUUUUUAAUAUAUAUAUAUAUAUAUAUAUAUGUAUAUAUUUAUAUAAAAAUCCACCGGAUUCUUCUUCAUCUUCUAUUUUUCAUCAAAGACUGUUUUUAUUUUCUCAUUUUUAAGACACCCCAACCUGUGCUUUCACUUUGCAUGCGGAGUUUUCACUCGAAUCUGAGCCAAACGUUCAUGCGCUCUCAUAUCUAGUUCUUGCUCUCAUUUUUCACUUAAAUUGGACCUCAUUCACUUUGAAACCAAGCAUGGCUCUUCUUGUGCUGGGUACAUUUCUCACGGCGUUGUCCAUCAGCGGAGGCUCUUACGUGCCGUGCGAGCCGUGCGAUCAGAAGGCGCUCUCCAUGUGUCCUCCGGUCCCGGUGGGCUGUCAGCUGGUGAAGGAGCCCGGCUGCGGCUGCUGCUUGACUUGCGCUCUGGCGGAGGGGCAGGCGUGCGGGGUGUACACCGGUACAUGCACGCACGGACUGCGCUGCCUGCCGCGCAACGGCGAGGAGAAGCCGCUUCACGCCCUGCUGCACGGCAGGGGAGUGUGCACGAACGAGAAGGGAUACAAACCACCGCACCCACCCAUUGAUCGCGAAUCAAUAGAGCAUGAUGAUACAGUGAAGCCAGACACGACUGAAGACCAGAUUCCUAAAAUUCCCCUUUACCCCAAACCAGACGUAAUCAACAGCAAGAAGCAUGCUGCCGUGCGCAAGGACAAGAAGAAACAACAGGAGAAGCAUCGGUCACUGGGGUCGAUGGACUACUCCCCCCUUCCCAUCGACAAGCAUGAGCCUGAAUUUGGUCCCUGCAGAAGGAAGCUGGAUGGAAUCAUUCAAAGUAUGAAAGACACCUCCCGCGUCAUGGCUCUUUCCCUCUACCUGCCUAACUGUGACAGGAAGGGCUUCUUCAAGCGCAAACAGUGCAAGCCCUCCCGUGGCCGGAAACGAGGCAUCUGCUGGUGCGUGGACAAAUACGGCGUGCAGCUGCCCGGCACAGACUACAGCGGAGGUAACAUCCAGUGCAAGGAUUUGGAGAACAGCAACAACAACGAGUGAGAAUCAACCCACCCUGAUCACCAGACCUAGGGCCCACCUCCUUGUCCUGUCCCACCAGUCUACCCGCCAGUCACUUUGAGAUUUUGAUGCAAAACGACAAAGAAACACAACAGCUAUUACAAAUACGAACAAUCAGACUAAAAAGAAAAUGUUAAAGUGAGAUAAUCCACAGGAAUCGUUUUGACUGAGCGCUCAUCUCUAUCUCACUGGACUCAGCCAAUCAGAGGAGCCCCCUGCUAGAGCUGAGUCCCGGCAACAACAAUAAAAAAAUUGCUAAAAAAUAUAUACAUACAAUUAUAUAUUUUUAUAGAAGCUGGGGUUUGAUCACCAUACUGUUUUGUUUAAAGUUAACAUAAAACAAAAAAACUACCAAAAAAAAAAAAAGAAUAUAUGGCAUGUUGAAUAUUAACAGGGCUAUCUUGGUCUUUUACAUCUUUUGCUGUCAAGGUAUCAAAGGAGAUAGCAGGAACUUUUACUAUUUGAAAAAAACGUGUUGUUUUCCAAAAGAAAAGAAAGAAAGGAAAACACAUGGUAGAGAUCUGCUGAUACAGUCAUCUCUAUCAGGCUUUUUUUGGUCCUGUCAGAGCACUUAUUCAUUGGGGAACCUGCUUGGAAAUGUGUAACUUCACCAAGUUCAGUGUAUGCGUGUGUGUACGAGCGUGCGCUUGCGUGUGCACGCGUGUGAGCAAUGAAAUACGGCGGUAGCUUUAAAAAAAAUACCUUUUUUUUCUUUGUGGCAUAUCCCUUCCAGAACGUAGUGAAAACCAAGAUCCCAUUAGACAAAUCUGUUUCAGUGGCUCUAGACUUUGUAGCUUACCUAACAUGCCAACCGUGCCUAUGUAAACAGACGCUGCCAUGCAGAGUUACACGGGGUCCCGGAUUAAAAAAAAAAAAGUCCACACAGAAUCAAUCAGUGCCCAUGCCUAGAAAAGAAAAGGCCACUCUGGAAUAGUUUCGUAUCAGAUAUUGUGGCAUCUGGGCCGAGUUAAAAUCAAGAGAUGCUGUAACCCUUAAAUGCUCCCAGCAUUUGCGUUUGAACUUUGACGGACGUUCACCGUGCAGAGCGGUAGUUUCUUUCUGUCUGUAAUGUUUUGUUUUUCUUUUCUCAACAAUUUUUGUUAUGUGCUGUUUCCUUUGACUUCAUGGAGGUAAUGACAGUCCACUUAUGAGCCAUGUUCCUCGACCAUGUGGUUUCACUGAAAUAGGUGCAACCUUGGUAUAUUACCUUUAACUCUAGAUUAUUGAAUGUGUUUUAUUUUUAUUUUGUUAUCCUUAACAAACAACCACAACCAUCAGGUGCUCAGCAGAGGAGUGUUAGCAUUAUCAAUUUGCAUAUUUCCAUCUGACCUGCCACAAUGACAACUUGCUCAUUUGAAUGCAGGUCGGACCACUUUCUAAGCUCCGCCCACUUUGACUGUUCACCAAUAGGUAAUAGCUCUUAUGGUCAGCACGAUGACACGUUUCAUUUGUAUUCCUGUAUUUCAUCUGUGUUAUUAACCGAGGUGGAAACAGAAGGUGCGUUUCACUACAGCGUCGUUCAGUGUGAGUUUCUGUGUGCGAGUCUCAGUGCCUUCCUACAUGCAAAUACAUUUGAAUGGUGACGUGAAUGUUACACAAUAGCCAAGGGGAACGAAACGACCUUUUUAUAUUGACGAAGGACCUCAGUUGCGUUCAAAUACAGCAUCAGAUUAGAUAUGAAAUCCGUUACACUACAUUGUAUGUCAAGCAGCUAUCAGAAAUCGCUCCCUGCGCCGAGGCUAAGAUAGGGAGAGACCAUAGUCCAGCUAGCGCUAGCUCAUUUACUGUUAUUUCUCUUACGAAUAAGCUGACGAUCGAUUUGACAGAGACUGCAAAUGUGUGUAAUUGCUGACGAGAGUAUUUUCAAUCAAGCUAUACAUCACACAGGGAUACUCACCGGUCGGCUCUUGAAGAGUGAGUGAAGCCAUUUCCCUGCCACAAUGGGUCUGUCCGGAUCUUAUUUCAGGGCCCGAAUGAUCAUAGUUUCACUGCUUGGAGGGGGCUGAAAAAAUAGUCGCUAACAUGGUACCCUGUAGGGCUGCAUCUCUCCAGAUCACGCAAGUACCCAUCGAAACUGGGCCCGGACAGAAUCCAUGCAUCCGCGUUUUCCGUAUGUUAGGCGUGGAGCUUUGAGAAGCAGGAAUUUGCGAAUGCCAGGCAUUCCGAUUUUGCGGAAUUCCACGCACAAAGAUUCCGUGUGGGCCUGGCUGUGAUUUGAAAUAACCACGGGUCCGCAGAAUGUAACCGUUGUAUGUCAAAAAAGAAUCGCGAAUGACAAUUGGCUUUCAAAUGGAAGGUGGCAUGAAAAAGAAAGAGUGAGUUAAGGGUGUGUGGGUUAACCAGACAUUUGCAGGUGUCUCGAGUACGUCGUGGAGGCCUAGUCGCCUCUGUUAUUGCACAAUUAGCCUCGUAGGUGUCAGUCACCACAGGGCAAAAUCAGUAAUCAGCGUUAUCCAGGUCCUGAUCCAUGCCGAAAGCCCCCUCCUCCAAAAGCAGCUUGCACUUAAUUCCUUACCUUGCCACGUGUUUAGUGCCGUUUCAAAGUGAAUCUCAGUUCAGGUAUAGGAGCAGGAGCAGGCCUCGGACAGAUACCCUGCCUGAGUACCUUUGACAGGGGCUUCACAGCCCAAGCCUGAGACCCACAUCAUCAUUCAGUGGGUUUACCAGUAAUACAACUCUACCAAUCACAGUCUAUUCUCAAUCUACUCUUAAUAGACUUUGCGUCUCAGUGAUAUCCGGGAAGAAGGAGAGCAGGUGAGAGCCUCAAGCGGUGAUCUUGUGCUGGGCCUCCUUUCACAACACACAAUACAUACUGCAAAAAUGAUUUCUUAAUCAGUAUUUGUGUCUCGUUUUCCAGUUAAGUCAUCCAAACAACUUUAAGACUAGUUGAAUUUAUUUACAAAGCAAAGCUGUUUUCAGAACAUAUCUUGAACAACAUUUAGGGACAUGUUUGCCCAUAGGGUAAACAAAAACCAACUUGGCCCAAAAUUAAAAUUCAUGUACUCAUUUUUAUGUUUCAAACUGGUUUGACUUGCUUUCUUCUAUGGAACACCAAAGGAGAAGGUUCGUAAAAUGUUCAAGCUGCUCACUUCUAUAGGGUCGGUCAAGCUCCAAAAGAUGCACAGUAAAAGUCUGAAAUUCUGAAAUGCAUUCAUAGCUGUAGGAGAACUUUGUGUGACAAAUGUAAUUCAACUUAAGUUAUUCGUUCAAAACUUGCCUUGAAAAUCUUGCUUGACAGCCGUGGUCACCAUUCACUUUUAUUGUAUGGAAAAAUGCAGCUUGGAUAUCCUGCUCUGAAUUUGUGUUCCAUGGAAGAAAGAACAUCAGUGAGUAAACAAUGCUAGAAUUUUCCUAUAAGUCAAAUUCUUUGAAAAUGAGUGUUGUCAAGUGAUUUUGUUUUAAGAAUGUCUAGAAAUUUGUACUGAAAAACCAGACAAAAAUACUAAUUUUUGCAGUGCUUCACACUUCACAGUAGAAUGUUUAGAUGGACAGUCUCGGAAUCUGAUAAGCAGGCAUGCAACGAGUCAAAAAAGUGUUUAUCCGAAAACCAUGAAUGUUAUAAGACGAUGCACUAUGGCUGAAACCGUUUUACCUUGUUUCCCCAGGUCAUAGAAUCCAUCUGGGUAUCAUUGUGAGAAUGGGAAAGAAGUGUCAUUAAUGUGAUUUUGAUCCGUUCUGAUUUGUAAUUAGAGGUAACAGACUAUCGAUUGCCAGGACGCAGCAUGUUGCUUUUGUGCUUAUCUGCUUUCAUCAGAUUCCGAAUCUCAUACUUGGGUAGACAGCAGCGUUCAUAACUCACACUACAGUAGAAACGACAGGUUUUCUUUCUUUCUCUGAAUGCAUAACGUUUUUGGUUUUUUUUCUUUUUUGCUUUUCUUUUUUUGUGGAUGAGAAAAGACUUGAUGAUUGACCACCUAAAUGUGGCUUAAACUGGCAUGUGAAAAAGACCCUUUAGUGGCUGGAGGACUCUAAAAAUGUUCAGCAUUUGGAACUCUUAUUAAAAACCAAUAAAAUGAAAAAAAAAAAAAAAAA